AUGGAACUUAUAUUCCCAUGGGGUAAUGCCGGUGAUACCAUAGGAUGUGGAUAUAAUCCAGAUGCCGGACAUGUAUUUUUCACCAAAAAUGGACAAUUCCUUAGUAAUGCAUUUAUGGGGAUUCGUCAUGUUUGGUUUCCAACAGUUGGAUCAAAUGGACCAUGUACUAUUAUGACAAAUUUUGGAGACGACGUAGAGAAUGAACUCAGAUUUGAAAGUGCACGUGGAUAUGGACCAGGAGGACCUCUGUUGAUGAGUAAUGACCGAAGAUAA